ACAGUACCACCUAAGUUUAGGUACCACUGGCUUGCACAACCGUUAGAUCAUUCUCUGAUUAAUGUCCUUCGUUGAUUAUUUGACCAUUUAUUUAUUCAGCCGGUGACGAAUUUAAAUCACAGUUAGAAUUCGGUGACAAUGGUACUAUGAAUAAUAAUAACAGUGAGACUAUGAAUAAUAAGAGUGAAGGAGGUGAGAAUGGUAACGGCGGCGGCGGCGUUGGUGGUGGAGAUGGAAUAAUGAAUUGGCAAAAUGCCCCUUACAUGUAGCUUGUUUAAGGAUCGCUACUCCGAUUGAUCAGUUGCCGAGAAUUGAUGCUGAGCUUGCUCAAUCUCAGCAUGUUGUAACUAAAUAUUCAGCUCUUGGUCAGGGUUUGGUCGGUGAUGAUAAGGAGCUCGAUCAAUUCAUGGAUUUUGUUUUACUGUAUUUAUCACAUGACAGGUAUGCUGCUUGCACAUGUUGCUGAAACAGGGUUUUUAACAGGUAUGUUAUUGGAAAAUUUACACAUUCAACCUUCUUUUCCUCGGUUCUUAUUACUUUUGUCGUUGAAUCAUCUAAUGGUGGGGCUUAAGGGCAGCGGUGCAUCCAACAAUGUCACCAUUGCCCAAAAUCAGCAACAACAGCUUAAGAACUUGCAGGCAGAUGGCUUGUUUAAUCUUUUUGCAGCAACUCCCCUUAACAAGUAACGAAAAAUGAAGUUAAAUGCUAGUUUUCCGUUUCAAAUUCGCAAUAAUAUGGCGCUCUGAUCAUCAUUUCUGUCUCGUUUGAACUUGGUCAGCAUUCUAAGUGCUUCGAGAGAAAUUGAUUAAUCUGCUUAUAUACUAAUUAUAGUUGUAUUUAGUCUAAAGCUGUUAAUUCCAUGUUCCUGAUGAUUUGUGUACAUUGUAGUCCCUCUUGCAAAAUGUUCUUUAGUAAAGACAAUUUGGGUGAAAGACUGCAAGAUUCGUCCAUUGAGUCCAUAAUAUCAUCCAAUACUGAUUUGAAAUCUAAAGAAAACUCUUUUUUUCUUCAAAACAACAUAGCUCAUAUCAGGAGUCUUCACAAAUUGAGUUUGGACACAUCAAUUCCGGUAUACGGUCAUGCUAGGAAUUAUAUAUUUCUUUUCUUUUUAGAGAACUUCUUUAAAGUAUGAGUUCCCAGAAAAUUUAUUGCCGAUGAAAAACAUUUGUACAAUUUUUCACCUAUUUUGUGUUACUUCUGUGAUAUAGUCAUUUGCAGUAGAUAUAUCAUUUAUCCUAUUGUCGUUCAAAAGGUUCCUCCGAGAAUUCAUGUUCUCUCAAAUGCAAAGCUCGACUCGCCCUUGUGGAAGGUUGCCAAAAGUUUUUCAUUUUGUAAACUUUGGUAAACAUAGAAAAAGACUAACUGCUUAUGUUUUUAAUUUCCAAUCAGGUGCAGCAAUUGAAACUGAAUUUCAAGCGGCAGUUCAAAAAAUAUGGUGACGGCAAAAUAUCCAUUGGAGAGUUGCUUGAAAAACUGAUGAGAGACGCGGAUAGAACUGAGAUAAACUGGUUGCCUGAAAUUUGUUAUCGCAACGGGCAGCAUCAAGGUUUCUUUCUUGAUGAAAUUGUAACCUUCACCAUGGUGUCCUUAUUUUUGGCUUCAAAUGCUGAAUUUGAUAAUUUUUUGGCUGCUAGGAUCUUCAUAUCAUGUAAUUCGAAGAGAAUACAGGGUUCUUGUUAAUAAAAAUAUUUCAGAGAUCCAAUUGCACAAUUCUUAUUUCAAA